AUGGAUAAGAUGAUCCAUGACGGCACUGGGGAGGUGCUCAUUACUAACGAUGGUGCUACCAUUCUUAAGGAAAUGUCUGUGAUGCAUCAUCCCACUGCAGCAGAGAUGCUUAUCGAACUGUCGAACAAGCUGGCAGGGGAUGGUAGCGUUGUAGAGAUAAAUACGACCUCUGUUGUGGUCAUUGCUGAUGUUGCCCAAAAUUUAUUGGGCUGCAGCAUACACCCUAUUACAAUUAGCGAUGGCUUCCUCUCGCCGUCACAGAAAGCUGAGUUCAUUCUUGAGGACAUGAGCAUCUCGAUCAGCUUGGAUGAUAGGGACAGCCUUAUUACCAGCGCUAUCCGCAAGCCUUCUAGCUCCAAUGGCUCACCCGGUGGUGAGGACACUCCAGUGCUCUUCGUUGAGUUAUGUUAG